GUGGAGUGCAAUGACAAGGCAGUGUAAAAGGUAGUCAUCAAGUGUCAGUUGGUUUAGUUUGUCGCCGCGGCGUACACGAGUGACAAUGGUGGCACAAAUCGUAUUAUUACUGCAAAUUUUGGCUUUCGUCAAUGCAGAUGAUGUUGUACCCAUUCCAAAAUCAAAGAUCUUAGAAACAGAAAUGAAUCCAUCGUAUAUUCCUGCUGAAGAGAAACAUGCUUCAUACUGGCAGAAGAGUGCAGCAAACACAAUAAAAGAUAAACUUAAACAAACAACCAACACAAAUAAAGCUAAAAAUGGAAUACUGUUUAUUGGAGACGGUAUGUCUUUGGCAACUGUCAUGGCUGCUAGGACCUUCGGAGGACAGUUAGAAAGGGGACUGGGAGAGGAGAAUGUUCUUGAGUUUGAAAAGUUUCCAGUAACAGGUCUUGCAAGAACUUACUGCCUAGACGCCCAAGUACCAGACUCAGCCUGUACAGCCACAUCGUACCUGACGGGAGUGAAGACGAAAUAUGGGGUUAUUGGCUUGGAUGGCAACGUUACGAGGGGUUCCUGCUAUUCCCAACUACACAAGGGCAACUGGGUGACGUCGAUUGGUCAGUGGGCUAUUCAGAAUGGAUUGGACGUUGGUCUGGUGACAACCACCCGGGUAACCCACGCCUCGCCAGCUGGUAUGUACGCCCACACUUCAGAACGAAACUGGGAAUCUGAUGCUGACAUACCCAAGGAGUGUCUGACCUUGGGUUGCAGGGAUAUCGCCUACCAACUCAUCAUGAAUAAUCCUGGACGACAGUUUAAGGUAAUAAUGGGUGGUGGUAGACGCGAAAUGCUGCCAAAUAUAACUUCACCACUCGCCAACUAUACUGGAAAACGUAACGAUGGCCUCGACCUAACUGACAUGUGGCAUGUAGACAAACUGGAGAAGAACGCCACUCAUCAAUACGUCACUGACAGAAAUGAGCUGAUGAAGGUUUACAACUCUGACGAUAUUCCUGAGUACCUUCUUGGUCUCUUCAACAAUGAUCAUCUUGAAUAUCACCUGAAAGCUGACGACCAACCAACUCUUGAAGAAAUGGUGGAAGUUGCGAUCAAGAUGCUGAGUAGAAGUGAAAGAGGCUAUUUUCUAUUUGUAGAAGGUGGCAGAAUAGAUCACGCUCAUCACGAUAGUCUAGCUCAUCUUGCUCUCGACGAAACUGUAGAAUAUUCCAAAGCUGUCAAAAAAGCAAUGGAAAUGACUAAAGAAGAGGACACUCUGUUGGUUGUUAGUUCAGACCACGCGCAUACAAUGACUGUCGCCGGCUACCCUUCACGUGGUAACGAUAUCCUUGGUGUGGUGGAUACUACGAUGGCUCUAGAUGGUAAACCUUACACCACCAUAAGCUAUGCAAAUGGUAAAGCCACUUCAUUUGAUGAAAGAGGGAGAAUAGAUGUAACUUUACACAGUCAGUUUUCAAAUCGUGAUCUUGACUACUCUUACCCCAGUUUAGUACCUUUGGACUCGGAAACUCAUGGUGGAGAAGAUGUUGCUGUGUUCGCUCGAGGACCUUGGCAGCACCUCUUCACGGCUAGUUACGAGCAGACCCUUGUGCCCCAUUUAAUGGCAUACGCCAUGUGCCUGACUGACGACAAACACGCGAACUGCAUACAAAAGAAGCAAAGAUCAUUUUGGACAACAGGCGGUAGCGUAAAAAAUAAACCAAAUAAGUAUUAUAUUGGAAUUUUGAUGGCUGUGAUUUUUAAGCUUAGAUUUUAAUGUACUUAAUGUUAUUUUAGCUUGGAACAAAGUUCUUAUUGUAGAUGAAAGUAAAAUGACCCGAAAUACAAAUGUAACGAAUUUAUCGUGAUUGAAACUUUUUAUGACAGAAAUACGGACGAGUAAAAAAAGAAGGACUCCGCGCCGUGAUAUUAGCAAGUGAAGCACCGUUAUGCUAGUGUGUGUGCGGGGAAUACUAGUUACACAAUUUUUUCUCCCUUAAAUAAUCAUAUAUGGCCACAUAUACUUAUAUAGUACCGUUUUCACACUUUUACACAAUGCACGACGGCAUUUUUAAAAUAUUUUAUUGAGACGCAAACUGAUCUGUCACAGAUGAUGACAAUUCUCAUAAUGGCCGCCUAUCGGCCUGUAGUAGUGUAAGUAUGUGCGUGGGGCUACGUAUUUACACGUUAAUCGGCUUGUUUUGGUGCUACACUGUUACGUAAGGUGACACGGAGUCUUAAUUUUUUUACAAGUCCGUGGACAGAUAUAGUUUUACAAUUUACUUUGAUGUUAUUUGAAACAGGUCAGUCUUGAAUAGCCUUUGCUUAUCUUUAAUUUUUUGCUUGCAGAUCUUAAUCUUUUUUUUUAUAUUUAGAUAAUUCUUUUAUUCAUUUUUAAUUUUGCCCUAACGCAAGAACGGAAUAAAUCUAAAUAAAAAGGUACUAGAAGUAUCAUGGCCAAAGAAACCAUAGGAGACUUAUAUAAAUAUAUCGAAACGAAAUGUGUGUAUUUCGUUACAUAAGUAUCUCCAUGCGGAAAAUCGGCCUCAACCUGCAAUUAUACAAAAAAAAACUGGUCCCGCAAGUAAUAAGCACUUCUAAAAUUAUCAUCACUUAUAACAUUUGUAUUACCUUAUUAUUUAGAUUUCUCUGAAAAAAAUCUAAACCGUUAACAAUCAAACAGUUUGAUAUCAAAAGCGGAGUGUAUGUUUUUGAUAUCAAACUGUUCUUUAAAAGGUACCAAUCAACACCGACUUUUUCAGUCUGAAACUUGUUAGUAUAAAAUCUACUGAAAUUUUAACGUAAAUAUGUUCGAAAUCACUUACUUUACCUUUAAAAGUAUUAUAAUUAUUAAUGUAUUAACAUAAGAUGAAUUGUAAAAUGCUUCGGUUUUUCAUCGUAAUUUAUUAGCACUUUUGUAAAAUAUUAGUAUACUUAGAUAAUAUUAUGUUAUUUUUUAAAACGGACUGGCUCUUUUUGUUUUGAACGAUUGGUUGGCAGCUAGUGAAACUACUGGGCCGAUGAGGCUUAAAAUCUUGUCUCAAUGUGACUCGUGUCAUUGCCAUGCCGUUCAGAAUUUUGGCUCUAAUCGAGAAUCCAGCGCGAAUUCUUAAUGGCCAGGUCGUAUCACUCUUGCCUCGUCUACAGACAUUUUUCUUUGUUUAUAUUAAAUGAGACAUCAAGAAUUAUUUCGUAAAAUAUGCUCCCUGUUGUUAUUAUGUAAUUGUUUUACAUUAGAACUGAUAAAACACGCGUCAAUAAUUUCUCUCAUUGAAAAUAUGUCCAUACAAAACUAAUAUUAGAAAUAAAAAUAAUCAUGGGUCUCAAAUCAAAAUAAAAACUAUUCUAUCUCUCAUUUUGGACUAAACUGCAUUCCAUGGAGUAAUAAUUAAAAUCCGUUCAUUAGUUUAGGAGUUCACUGGAAACAAACAUCAGGACACUGGAUUUAUUUAAAUAAAGAAAAUUUGUACGAGGUCAAUAAAGCAAAUGAAAAG